AUGGGUCGUACCUAUGGGUGGUCUAUGGGUGGUACCUAUGGGUGGUACCUAUGGGUGGUACCUAUGGGUGGUACCUAUGGGUCGUACCUAUGGGUCGUACCUAUGGGUCGUACCUAUGGGUGGUACCUAUGGGUGGUACCUAUGGGUGGUACCUAUGGGUCGUACCUAUGGGUCGUACCUAUGGGUGGUACCUAUGGGUCGUACCUAUGGGUCGUACCUAUGGGUGGUACCUAUGGGUCGUACCUAUGGGUGGUACCUAUGGGUGGUACCUAUGGGUCGUACCUAUGGGUGGUACCUAUGGGUGGUACCUAUGGGUCGUACCUAUGGGUGGUACCUAUGGGUGGUACCUAUGGGUCGUACCUAUGGGUCGUACCUAUGGGUCGUACCUAUGGGUCGUACCUAUGGGUGGUACCUAUGGGUGGUACCUAUGGGUGGUACCUAUGGGUCGUACCUAUGGGUGGUACCUAUUGGUCGUACCUAUGGGUGGUACCUAUGGGUCGUACCUAUGGGUCGUACCUAUGGGUCGUACCUAUGGGUGGUAUGAGCUGA